AUGGAUAAUGCCCAUACGAAGACGGUAGAGGAGGUGUUGGGGUACUUCAGUGUAAACGAAUCCACAGGCCUCAGUUGUGAGCAGCUGAGGAAGAGCAGGGAGAGAUGGGGACCAAACGAAUUACCAGCUGAAGAAGGAAAGUCACUAUGGGAACUGGUUCUGGAGCAGUUUGAGGAUCUGCUUGUCAGGAUCCUUCUGCUUGCUGCAUGCAUCUCCUUUACUCUAGCUUGGUUCGAGGAGGGGGAGGGGACCAUCACAGCCUUCGUGGAGCCCUUCGUCAUUCUUCUCAUCCUCAUCGCUAAUGCUAUUGUUGGGGUCUGGCAGGAGCGUAAUGCUGAGAAUGCCAUCGAAGCUCUGAAGGAGUACGAGCCGGAGAUGGGGAAGGUUUACCGCCAGGACAGGAAGAGCGUCCAGAGAGUCCGAGCCAGAGACAUUGUACCUGGAGACAUUGUGGAGGUGGCAGUUGGUGACAAGGUUCCAGCCGACAUCCGUCUGACUUCCAUCCGCUCCACCACGCUGAGAGUGGACCAGUCCAUUCUGACGGGGGAGUCUGUAUCUGUGCUCAAACACACUGACCCUGUGCCCGACCCCCGUGCUGUCAACCAGGACAAGAAGAACAUGUUGUUUUCUGGCACCAACAUCGCGGCGGGGAGAGCCAUGGGUGUUGUCGUGGCGACUGGGGUGCAAACUGAGAUUGGCAAGAUCAGAGAUGAGAUGGCCGCCACCGACCCUGAGAGAACGCCACUACAACAGAAACUGGACCAGUUUGGAGAGCAGCUGUCCAAGGUCAUCAGUGUGAUAUGUGUGGCGGUGUGGGGGAUCAAUGUGGGCCACUUCAACGACCCCGUCCAUGGAGGGAGCUGGCUGAGAGGAGCGGUCUACUACUUCAAGAUCGCCGUGGCUCUGGCCGUGGCUGCCAUCCCUGAGGGCCUGCCUGCUGUCAUCACCACCUGCCUUGCACUGGGCACCCGGCGGAUGGCCCGGAAGAACGCCAUCGUCAGGUCCCUGCCUUCAGUGGAGACCCUGGGCUGCACCUCCGUCAUCUGCUCCGACAAGACGGGCACCCUCACCACCAACCAGAUGUCCGUCUGCCGGUUGUUUGUGGUGGACAGCGUGUCAGGGGACCGAUGUGCCCUGAGUGAGUUCUCGGUGACCGGAUCUACUUACGCCCCGGAAGGGGAAGUGUACAAGGGUGGUGCAGCAGUGAAGUGUAGUCAGUAUGAGGGGCUGGUAGAGAUGGCUUCUAUCUGCGCUCUCUGCAAUGAUUCCUCUCUUGACUACAGUGAGUCGAAAGGCGUGUUUGAGAAGGUUGGCGAGGCAACGGAGACGGCUCUGUGCUGCCUGGUGGAGAAGAUGAACGUGUUCGACACGGACAUGAGAGGACUGGCACCAGCAGAGAGGGCUACCGCCUGCUGCUCUGUGAUCAAGCAGCUGAUGAAGAAGGAGCUGACGUUGGAGUUCUCCAGAGACAGGAAGUCCAUGUCUGUCUUCUGCUCCCCCAACAAGCUGACCCGCUCCUCCACAGGGGCCAAGAUGUUCAUCAAGGGCGCCCCCGAGAGCGUGCUGGAGCGUUGCCGUUGGAUACGUGUGGGUGGUGGCGCCCGCGUGGCGAUGUCGACGGCCACGAGGGAGCAGCUCCAGACCACGGUCCGAGAGUGGGCGGCCGGGCGAGACACCCUCCGCUGCCUCGCCAUGGCGACCAGGGACUCCCCCCCCGAACCCCGCUCCCUCAACCUGGAGAACUCAGCCGGCUUCAUUGACUACGAGUCGGACCUGACCUUCGUGGGCUGUGUGGGCAUGCUGGAUCCCCCCAGGAAGGAGGUACUUGGUGCAGUCCGGCAGUGUCGACAGGCGGGCAUACGGGUCAUCAUGAUCACCGGAGACAACAAGGGCACGGCCCUGUCUAUCUGUCGCCGUGUUGGCAUCAUCACGGAGGAGGAGGAGGAGGAGGGCCAGGGGGGCCAGUUUGGGGGGGGCCUGACCGGGCGGGAGUUUGACGAGCUGCCCCCCCACCUCCAGAGACAGGCGUGUCGCACGUGUCGCUGCUUCGCCCGGGUGGAGCCCACACACAAGAGCCGCAUCGUGGAGUACCUGCAGAGCCUCAACGACAUCACUGCCAUGACGGGGGAUGGAGUGAACGAUGCCCCGGCUCUUAAAAAGGCUGAGAUCGGCAUCGCCAUGGGCAGCGGCACCGCCGUCGCCAAGUCGGCCUCGGAGAUGAUCCUGGCGGACGACAACUUCUCCACCAUCGUGGCGGCCGUGGAGGAAGGCAGGGCCAUCUACAACAACAUGAAGCAGUUCAUCAGAUACCUCAUCUCCUCCAACAUCGGAGAGGUGGUCUGUAUCUUCCUGACGGCAGCCCUCGGCAUGCCCGAAGCCCUCAUCCCUGUCCAGCUACUCUGGGUCAACCUGGUCACAGACGGUUUCCCAGCAACCGCCCUGGGCUUCAACCCCCCCGACCUGGACAUCAUGUCCCGCCCCCCCCGCUCCCCCAAGGAGGCCCUCAUCUCUGGUUGGCUGUUCUGCCGCUACCUCAUCAUUGGCUGUUAUGUGGGCGCGGCCACAGUAGGAGCAGCAGCCUGGUGGUUCAUGGCCGCUCACGAUGGGCCCAAACUCUCCUUCUACCAGCUGUCCCACUACCUCCAGUGCAGCGAGGGACACGGUGAGUUCGCCGGUGUCCAGUGCUCCGUCUUCGAGUCGCCCUACCCCAUGACCAUGGCCCUGUCUGUGCUCGUUACCAUAGAGAUGUGCAACGCCCUGAACAGCCUGUCUGAGAACCAGUCCCUGCUGAAGAUGCCUCCCUGGUCAAACCCCUGGCUGGUGGGAGCCAUCUGUCUGUCCAUGGCUCUGCACUUCCUCAUCCUCUACGUCGACCCCCUGCCUGUGGUCUUCCAGAUCAGGCCCCUGUCAUGGCCCCAGUGGGUGGUGGUGCUGAAGAUGUCACUUCCUGUCAUCCUGAUGGACGAGGCCCUCAAGUUCCUGGCGCGUAACUACAUCGAGCCGGGCAACGACCUGGACCGCCAGGACGAGGAGAGGGAACGGCGCCGGAGGGCGGCGGCCGGACAGCCCAACGCCAACGGGGGGUUGGUGGGCGUGUUGACGGCCCCCCUGGGCCGAGCCCUUAGUGGCGUGUCGUGGUCAUUCGUGCUGGUAUCUGCGCCGCUAUUGGUCUGGAUCUACAGCCUGGACUCUGACAUCACUAACAUCUUCUGGGAGUGAAGAAAGGGAAGGAGGAGAAAGGGAUGGAGGUGCAGGGAGGGGAUAGAGAGGGGAGAGGGAUGAAACGGGAGGGAAAAGUGGGAGGAGGAUGAUGGAGGGCAGAAAGGGAGAAGAGAGGAAGAUGGGGGUGGGGGAGAAAGGGAGGGAUGAAAAGAAAGAAAGAUAGAAACUGAAAGUGUAGAGAGAUGUGUCGUAAGAUCAACAGCAGUCUGAGACAAUCAGAGAAAAGGACAGAAAUGAGAGAGGAGAGAGGAGAGAGAGGAGAGAGAGGAGUGAGAGGAGAGAGGAGAGAGAGGAGUGAGAGGAGAGAGGAGAGAGACAGAUAGGAGAAGGAGGAAGAGGGUGGAGAUCGGACUCUGUCUAACAGUAACCCUGUGUGGGUUCUCAUCUUAAUACUCACAUUGUCUUUCAGAACCUUAUUGGGUUCUGUCUGGGUUCUGAAACUUCAGCUAAGGGAUCUUACAAAACUCAAGGCUUUGUUUGACCAAACCUGUCCAAAGAAACCUGUUUCUGGGAUUGUUUCAAUUCCUAUUAUACCACUAGAGUGAAUAUUCAGAAAUAUAAGUCAGUUAGACACACACAGGCAUACACACAGGCACACACACAUUCAACAGAAUCGAAUUACAAAAGGAGAAAUUCACUUUUUCUUGUACCCUUUCCUGUGGUUCGUUCCCUGGAAAACUUGUGCAGGUUUGAUUGAACAUCGCUCUCACUUGUGUCUUGAAUGCUCUCCUGUAUAUUUUUUUUGCUGUUGUUGUUGUUGUUGUUUUUGGGAAAGGGAGGAGUACUGUAGAAUUUAUUUGACAUUACCAUUCCACCUUCUGUUCCUUAAAGGUGCCAGACAUAUUCUCAGAAACGUUCUUGAAGAUAAAGGAGUGACUAGUGGAUGGGGAGAAGGGGAAGAACAGGGAAACAGACAGAGAGGGGAAGAGAGAGGGGAAGAGAGAGGGGAAGAGAGAGGGGAAGAAAGGUAAAGAGCGUCCCAGUGUCGGUCACUGUCCAACAGGUCCUUCAAGUCAGCCUGAACAUCAAUGAUCAAUAAUUGUCAAUCAGUUUAACAGUCUCAGUUUAGCAAAGGCUUAGCAGAUGCAUCUUAGAUGGAGGCUUUUACGCUCAAAGAUAGAUUAAAACUUACAUUAAUAAUUCCUAUUUCACUGCACUAUACAGUUUAAAAUAGCACACAAACGUCUUUCUGUUUUGAAAAUGAUAAAUCUAUGUUUUAUUUUUUAAGAAUGCUUUAUUCUACACCUUACACAAUGAUGCAGUGGAGAUCCCUAAGUUAAGCCCAGCCAGACUUUAGCUCUGCAGGAUAACACCAUUUUUAUGUGCGACGAUUACCGUGGUUAAAUAGUGGACAUAACUUCCUGUCUGAAGAGGAGAACAGAUUUUCUGUAGCCUCGGGGUUAGCUGGUUUGUGCUCAAUGUUCUUAUCGAGUUAUUUAAUUUAAACGUUUUCCGUUACUGGAGUGAUUGUUCAUCCAUAAGGUUAUUUAAUAAGGGCAGAGCGUCAUCAAACUUGUUUCACCUCAUUCUUCUCAAAUGAAUUUGUUUACUCUCCUUUUUUUUUUUUUUACUUGCACACAGUUGUUUUCUUCCUUUGUAUUAUUCUUCUUAUUAUUAAUAUUAUUAUUGGUAUGAUUGUUAUUACGGUAAAUUGAUUAAUUGAUAUUUUGUUUGUGGCAAUUGUAGUACCCCAGGUGUGCCUGCAUGGAAGAUGGGGGCGCUGUUGUACAAUUGAGAGAAAGUAGUGAGGGUUGUGU